UUUCACGAAGGCAUAUUCUGUUACUAUUAACGCCACACUUGCCUGGGGCUUCCCCGAAAACCGGUGUGGCUAUAGGCUGAAGCGGAAGGCAUUUGAGCGUGACUGGAGGGUUCAGCUUGCAAGGCGUAUCAGCAGGGAUAUAUACAUUCGUAAAUUUGGAGUCAACCACAGUGGAUCUUAAUGGUCCGAGGAAGCCGGCACAAGGUGUGCUCAUCGCUUUGUUUACGUACGUAGAAUAUAGUGUCUUGGGAUGGCGGACACGACCACGAACUACGAUGCUGCCGAUUUGGCAUGGAUGUAUCAGGAGGCAGAAGAUGACGAGGAUGAUCAAGACUGGGCCGAUGGGUCUCCAGUGAAGUAUUUUACACAAGAACUGUCGAUGCGUGGCCGCCUCCGCAGACUCCUCAUUAAGAACCCCACCACAAGAUUAUGCAGUACAAUAUUUGACUUGGCUGUGAAGACCAUUGUGUGUACUCUGUACGUUACGCGAGUCUGCAUUGAUGACUUGGAAGUCUAUGCCUGUCAUGGAUCUGCAUGUAAUGAAAACUCCACAGAAGUCGUUGUCCCUGACCACAUCAACUGGUAUGUUAUACUGUGGGUGUCCAGACCCCUGGGGCUAUGGGUUGUACAGAUAUUCCUGGCGGUCAUCACUCUCAUCAAGGCCAUGCUACAGAUCUAUGUCAUGACGAAGGGCCGGCGCCAUGAAAACAUUCUUCAGCCAGGAUUCCUGCUGGAACUGUUCUGUUCAGUUCCUGUUAUAGCUACAGUGGCCUACCCAGUGCUGCUGAAGGAUUUGUUCCUGCCAAUCUUCCUCAAUGUCUGGCUGGCCAAGAUGGCCCUGGAGAGACUGUUUAACGACCUUCACCUUACCAAGCACUUCCAGACCAUAUCUGUGACAUUAUCACAACAGAUUCUCCUACUUAAUGUCACGCUCUUCUGUCUCAUCUUUACUACUAUCUGUGGAAUCCAACACAUUCAAAGAUCGAGUGCACUUGUGAAACUCAACAUGUUUGAGUCUGUGUAUUUUGUGAUAGUGACGUUCUCAACUGUCGGGUACGGCGACAUCUCCCCGGACAUAUGGGUCGGUCGCCUCUUCAUGCUUUUCAUGAUCUGUGUGGCAUUUGCCUUUAUACCACGGCAGCUGGAAGAGAUCGGCUCCACCUAUGUACAGAGGAAACGGUCGGGAGGGGAAUAUGGCCGACAGAAGGCUGCACGCAACAAACAUGUGGUUGUGUGUUCCACUUCACUCACCACAGAGACUGUCAUGAACUUCCUCAAUGAGUUCUACGCACAUCCAAAACUUGAGGAACACACUGUGGUGCUGAUGAGCUCUGAUGAGCUGGACACCAGCAUGCAGAUGAUCCUGAAAGACCCCAAGUGGGCCAACAGGGUCCUAUACAUUAGAGGGUCUGCCCUAAAGGAUAUAGACCUGAAGAGGUGUCGAAUCAAUGAUGCAGAAGCUUGUUUCUUUCUUGCUGCAAAGAACUGUGGAUGUCGAGACAAAGCGGAUCAGCAUACAAUUUUACGUUCAUGGGCUGUGAAGGAUUUUGCACCAAAGUGUCGACAAUAUGUGCAGCUAUUCCGAGCAGAAAAUAAGAUGCAUGUGAAAUUUGCAGAACAUGUGGUCUGUGAGGAUGAGUUUAAAUAUGCUUUACUGGCUAACAACUGUCUGUACCCAGGGUUGUCUACCCUUGUUACCUUGCUGUUGCACACAUCAAGGGGGAGAGAGGGAGAAUUGGCAACAGAAGCGUGGCAACAGGUGUAUGGCAGACACUCUGGCAAUGAGGUGUAUCACAUACAGCUGAAUCGGAGUGCAUUCUUCAGACAGUAUGAUGGCAAGAAGUUCACAGAGGCUUCAGCAAGUGCUCAUACCAGGUUUGGAGUGUCCCUGGUGGCUGUUCUGGAUGUGACCAAGUCUGAGCCGAGUCUGCAGCUCAACCCUGGCCCUGACUACAUCCUGAAGGGAUCGGACUACUGUUUUUACAUGGGGGUCACACGGGAGGAAAACUCCAAGAUUAAAUCUGGGGCCAUGGAGAAUGUGUCCGUCUCUGCCAACAGGAAUAAGAAUAUUGAGUUGAUUGCUAACGAGAUCCAGAAAUGGCUGCAGUCGGAGGGUGAAGGAGAAGACGUAGACGAUGAGGAGAGUGUGUUCAGUACGAUCACAUCCCAUCUCGGCUCCAUCUCUCGCCGUCUCAUGCAGACUGCAGAAAGUGAAGGUCAAGGAAGUGAUCAGAAUGGUGUCAAGGCUGCAAGUCCAACAACUCAAUCAACACCGAUGUCGCUGCCGCUGUUGAAGAUCACUGUAGACAACAUUGGGGAGUCCAGUGAACCCAACUCCCCGGAGUAUGACUGCCAGGACAGUCUGGACACUGUGAAUGAGUCGACUCCCUCGCCUAUGGGUAAAGUCAUGGGGCUGUUUCCAGAGGCUGCUGUAGAUGGGUACAUGACAGGCUCCCCACCCAGCACCCUGUACGUGGGGACACGGAGGACCAAGUGCCACCUUCACAGGGAACCAAGACCCUACUGCUGUCUGGAGUGGGGACAGAACUGUGACCACUGUCAGACCAAGACGGCCAAAGAUGACCACUGGAAAGGCCAGAUCAUCAUCCUGGCUGCUGAGUACGCCAGUACCGGGAUCUACAACUUCAUUGUGCCGCUACGGAGCAGCUUCCAUAGCCUCGGCUGUCUCAAUCCUAUAGUUCUACUGCUGGAACAAGAACCAGACACAAUGUUCCUGGAGACUAUAGCUGCAUUCCCUCUUGUCUACUGGCUACAAGGCAAAAUCUCCAGCAUCGAUGACCUACUUCGUGCUGGCAUCAACCACGCAUCUCAUGUCGUCAUUUCCAAUAAAGAGUCGGACAUUGACGCCAGUGAAGAGACUCUUGCUGAUGCAGAAACAGUUGUGACAGUCCAGAAAAUAUCCAGGUUAUUCCCCAGCACCAAUGUAAUCACGGAGCUGAAUGAUGCUUCCAACAUGCGCUUCAUGCUGUUCCAGGCACAUGAUGUAUACUCUCAGGAGAUCUCCAAGCUGGAAAAGAAACUGAAGGAGAGGACCAGCUCCAACUUGCCACAUCUGUUCCGACUCCCAUUCGCUGCAGGGCAGGUGUUUAGUGCAGGGAUGUUGGACAGACUUCUAUACCAGACGUUUGUGAAGGGUUACCUGAUCAGCUUUGUACGAUUGCUUCUUGGCAUCGACGCUCAACACAACUCUGGCCAUCUCUCCAGUGUGAGGGUCCGGAGGGCCACAUUAGCUCAGUUCCCCACCUACGGGGAUCUGUAUCAGGGGCUGUGUUCCACCACAGGGGAGAUCCCCAUCGCCAUCUACCGCUCCGAGAAACGACCCACGCCUGUUGUGUCCUCGGACCCAGACCUCAGGAGUAUGAACAAUAACAUCAGUAAACCAAGGCAACCACGAGGCCCGAUGAAGUAUAAACAGUCUAUCGCCAGUCGGAUGUACUUCACCGACACGGAUCAGAACGAGGCUCGAGAUCUCAUCAACAGCAGAAUGAAGAGUCUCAACAUUACGGACAAGCAGAGUUCAGCCAAAGAACAAGAUAGCUUGCUGUCCUAUGUGAUUGUGAACCCCUCUCCCAAGAGGAAAUUGAAAAAUGGAGAUAUGAUUUAUGUGAUACAACCAAGUACCAUGAUGGCCGUCCCAAGCAAACAGAGAUCAAAGACCCAGAGAAAUGUCUCAGCUAAACAUUCGAACUUCACAGUAAACUCUGUGUCCACACCACCUCUAGCCCGGACAUCCCAGACUCGGGUCAGCUGGAAUCUAAAUGCCAACACGGAAAAUCGGAAGCCAAAUGGAUUACGACCCAGUGAUUAUCGAUCCCGAUCAAAAUCAGAAUCUCAAGUGCCUGAAAAGGAGUGAUAAUGUUCCUGUUUCUGUAAAGGCAGAACUAUCGUCAGUCGAGGUUGACAUCUGCAUGAACAAUAUGAUCCUUGUGUCUACAUGUCAGGAUCAAGAUGCUGAUGUUGACAUCAGAGUGAAACCUUUGUACCUUACAUUAUACAACUAAUGAUCUCCUUUGUACGAGGAUUGUACAUUAUAUUUGACCAAACUUUGAGCUGAUGGAUGAACUACAGAUCUAAAGGUGAUGUCUGGAUGUGUAAACUUUCUUUUUGUUACCUUAGAUCACAGAUUGUCAUUUUAAAAGUUUACACUGAUUUCUCAAAUGCUCUAAAACCUGACUUUCGAUCAUUUGAUAUCUCCAUUUGCUAUCUCUAAGUGUGAAAAGAAAUAUUCCUCAAGGUAAAAUGGAAAGUUCCUAAAUAUGAAAGAAAUAUUAUGAGGACGUCCAUAUUGUAGUGGCCACCUGCUUCAUGGAAACACAGAGGAAGUUGUGUUAGAGUCAGUAAGAUGUUAUUGUUUUUUAAACUGUGAAGUUUUAUUAUACAAUCAUGAUCAAAGAUGAAGAAAUUUUAAUUUAUGAAACUUUUCUCAGUUUUGUUAAAUCAUGUCAAUACAGUCACGCUGAUGACCAUGGAUUGUGUGCAAUGAGAUUAGAUAUGUGUAGUGCUCAUAGUGUGGAAAUUGGAUUCACAGAGAUGAUGCUUUUAUUGUGGGAACAGCUGAUGUUCACGUGCGUACAUGCAUCUGAUUAAAAUAGUCUUUUGUUAUUGUAAUAACAUGUAAAUUUUGUCACACAUUACUUUAAACAAAUGAAAAACUCAAAUGAAACAUUUAUAAGCAUUUAUAUCCAUGGUAUUUGUUCUUUCGGAAUGGAUGAGGAAGACCAAUUUUUAGAUGCUGUAUAUAUUGGAUAUCCGAUAAAUUCAUAUCUGGAACCUGGACUAGUUCCAGCCCAGCAUCUGAUGAGAGAUUCCAGAUGCGUCCUGUGCAGGCACCAUCAGUUUCAUGUUGUAUUCCAUCGCCAAUCUAUUUUCAGGAUGUGCCCAUUUGUAGAAGGUUUAUUUGAAAACGUUAGUGGUAGAGAAAUAGUUUCUACAUAUUCUUGAUACUUGGUGUUCAAGUAUUUUGUUGAGUUUGUUGAAUUCAUUGUUUUUUUAUGUGCACAUUUGAAACAUCAAGAGAGAAUUACAUGUAUAUACAUUUGAAUACUCAAACAAAUGUUUUUUGCUAUUGUAAACAAAAUGUCGAUGUCAUUUGAAAUACACUAGUCUUUAGUUUCUCUGGGAACAGUUGGAUAGAUGAACUGCUGUCUACAUGGCUGAAGUUUCCUCGAGUACCACUGAAUCAAGUCUUCUGACAGAUAACCACAAUGUUAUUAUGUCUGAUUUGAUAGCAAUGGUAUUAUGUCUGAUUUGAUAGCAAUGGUAUUAUGUCUGAUUUGAUAGCAAUGGUGUUAUGUCUGAUUUGAUAGCAAUGGUAUUAUGUCUGAUUUGAUAGCAAUGGUAUUAUGUCUGAUUUGAUAGCAAUGGUAUUAUGUCUGAUUUGAUAGCAAUGGCGUUAUGUCUGAUUUGAUAGCAAUGGUAUUAUGUCUGAUAUGAUAGCAAUGGUAUUAUGUCUGAUUUGAUAGCAAUGGUAUUAUGUCUGAUUUGAUAGCAAUGGUAUUAUGUCUGAUUUGAUAGCAAUGGUAUUAUGUCUGAUAUGAUAGCAAUGGUAUUAUGUCUGAUUUGAUAGCAAUGGUAUUAUGUCUGAUUUCAUAGCAAUGGUAUUAUGUCUGAUUUGAUAGCAAUGGUAUUAUGUCUGAUUUGAUAGCAAGACAUCCUUCGUGGUUGUGGCCAGCAUUCCAUUAAAACAAUAAUCAGACCAGUACCUGUUUCUUCCAUAUGGUUUCAUCAGCCAUUGCCCCAAACAAUGUACAAAUCAGUAACUGAGGGUCUUCUUCCCUCUAAUUGCAUAAACCAUUAUUCAUUUUGAUAGACAGAUUAAUAAACAGCUUAGAAGUCAGGGUUCAUAUCACUCUAUAUUUCCUCCAAUGCAAGAAAUGAAAUGGUUGCUUUGUAACAAUUCUCGAGUUAGUAAAUAUUUUGAUGAUGAUGAUGAUGAUGAUGAUGAUGAUGAUGAUGAUGAUGAUGAUGAUUUUUGUGUGUGCUUUCCGACUUAAUGCCUGGUAAACAGAAACAAUCCAGUUUCUGCCCAAUAUGUGCAUUCACCAUUCCUCCAAGAUGGCAACCAUGUUCUUUCAAUUAUCAAUCAUUCCUCUUAUCUAAAUUAACAGACUUGUAGCCAGAGUUCUGCAUCAAUAACUCUUCCGAAACUGACUGGUAGCAAGAACUGUCACCAGCUGUUGCAGCAAUCAUUCCAUACACAUUAUUUACAGAAUAGGGUUCUUACCAUUGUUCCAUUCCUGCACAGAAUCAUUUUGGUGCUUCCACUGUAUGACUAUAUACAUCAUUCCUCAAAAUAGAAUAGUAUCUAGUCUUCUUCCAAAUAGUUUCUUCAAUCAAUCGUCUGAAGCAGGUGAA